UAAAGUUUUUUUUUAACAUUACAGCAUGUAAACAUGUUCUUGUAGAAACACAAAAUACAAGUAUGAACCUGAAAAUGAGCACAAUAUGGGACCUUUAAAAGAUUUCAUUUGUAAGGCUACCCCCCUUUACUUGUAAAUCACUGCAGUGCUCCAGUGGAGUCAGUGAGUGUGAGAGGGACAGCAGCAGCAGCAGCAGCAGCAAGUGUCAUCUGGUCUUCCAACUUGGGGAGGGCUUUGGAGUUUAAAAUGGUGUGAAUAUGAUAGCUGUAGCCAUCGGUAUAGCUGCUUAUGCAAGUGGAGAAGUGAAGUUGACAGUUCAGAGGCACUAAUCUGACAAAAGGACGCAACGGCACAAAGAUUUGGGGAUAUCAACAAAUAACUAUUGGGGAGCAAAAGAAAGUGGACUUUGAGUGUCGGUGCGGCUGCAUGAGGAGAGCUGGGAGGACGCCUAAAAGAAACUGCCACCACAGACUCAAAGGGAGGUGAGCGACAGAUUUAACCCUCGGAGGGGGUAAAAAAGAUGACCGUGGUGUCCCAGGAGAACCACGACGACACUGUGGUCGUAACUCCUCUGUUGUUGCAAGAUGUUGUUGACCUGGAAGCAGCAGAGCAGCAGGAGGAGUGCGGCAGCAGCGAGCGGCUGGUCAUCAACAUCUCCGGGCUGCGCUUCGAGACGCAACUGAAGACCCUGAACCGCUUCCCAUCCACCCUGCUGGGAGAUGCGUGUAAAAGGAUGCGCUUCUUUGACCCUCUGAGGAAUGAAUACUUCUUUGACAGAAACAGGCCGAGCUUUGACGCGGUCCUCUACUACUACCAGUCAGGAGGACGUCUCCGGAGGCCCGUCAGCGUACCUGUGGACAUCUUCCUGGAGGAGAUAAAGUUCUAUGAGUUUGAUGAUGAGGUCAUUGAGAUGUUCCGAGAGGAUGAAGGUUUAUCCAGAGAGGAUGACCGCCCUCUGCCCAACAAUGUAUACCAACGCCAGCUGUGGCUCCUCUUCGAGUAUCCGGAGAGUUCAGGACCUGCACGGAUAAACGCCAUCGUGUCAGUGAUGGUUAUCUUAAUAUCCAUCAUCAUAUUCUGCUUGGAGACUUUACCCGAGUUCAGAGAAGUCCAAUCUGUGCAGGAGAACCAUGUGAAUGGUAGUGCGAAAGAGCCCAGUCCCUUCACAGACCCCUUCUUCAUGGUGGAGACACUCUGCAUCAUUUGGUUCUCCUUUGAGUUCACCAUGCGGUUCCUCUCCUGCCCAAGCAAAGCAGCUUUCUUUAAAAACAUCAUGAACCUGAUAGAUGUGGUGGCCAUAGUGCCUUAUUUCGUCACCCUGGGUCUUGAUCUUGCAGAGCACCAAGGCAGCAGUCAGCAGGCUGCAUCUCUGGCCAUCCUGAGGGUCAUCCGUCUGGUGCGCGUUUUCAGGAUCUUUAAGCUCUCCAGACACUCCAAAGGUCUCCAGAUCCUCGGACAAACGCUUCACGCCAGCCUCAGGGAGCUGGCACUGCUCAUCUUCUUCCUCAUCAUUGGAGUCGUUUUGUUCUCCAGCUCUGUUUAUUUUGCAGAAGCAGAAGACCCCGAGUCUGGAUUUACUAGUAUUCCCGAUGCGUUUUGGUGGGCUGUGGUGACAAUGACCACGGUUGGAUAUGGAGACAUGUGUCCCUCCACCAUCGGGGGGAAAUUCGUGGGAUCUUUGUGCGCAAUCGCCGGAGUGCUCACCAUUGCUUUACCUGUCCCUGUCAUAGUGUCAAACUUCAAUUAUUUCUACCACAGAGAGAACGAGGAUGAGGAAAAUGUCCAGUACGUCCACGUGACGUGCGGACAGCAGACACAGCCCUCUAUAGGAGGAGACAGUGAGUCAAACAAAAGUAGUCUCUCCAAAACUGAAUCUUUCCAGGAGAGCGACGACUUGGAAACUUUGACGUAUCCAAUCAUAACCCCAGUGGAGACACACACAGUGAGACUGACAGUUGUAUAAAAUGUUGGGAAACGUAUUCCUGGUGAGUGGUCUUCCAGUGGACAUAUAGAGACAUAUAGUGGAGUUUGGGCUCCUUCAUGUCGGAUGCUGACGGUUGUUUUACGCACAGUGGUUCCCAAAACGUGGAGAGUCAGAUAUUCAUGCUACAAAACCACCACCAAAACGAGGAUUGGCUUAAUUCACUGUUAUUGAAUUCUCUAGAUGGCAAGGGGAAAUGAAGGGGGUACAAAUCAAUAAGUGGGGGGCUGUGCACCAAAGGUUCAUACUUGGGAGUCUUCACAUGAACACAUUUGAGCGUUACGCAUGGAAUAUUUGAAAUACCAUCAGUAAUAUUUGAGCCAUACAAUAACAAACUUGUCAAUCUAUGAAGGGUAUAUUGAAAUAACCAAAGAAAAAAUACAUUCGGAGAUGUUUUCUCAUCUUUAAUUUCUCACUAAUGUUUUUUUUAAAAAAGCUCUCAAGUGGUGUUUACGCACGAACCAAACUUUGCCUUUCUGCCGUUGAGAACAUGACGUAGUCUAUUCUCUUAGAAUAAAGUGGAAGAGGAGAGCUCAGCUGUGCGUAAAAGCGCACAUGAAGCACCAUGAGACCAGCUCUGCCCUGGGAAAGCGCACGGUGAACUUUUCACAAUUAUGACAUUAUAUGAGAUAUAGAGAUUAUUAUAUAUACAUAUAUAUGUAUAUAUAUAGAUAUAUAUCUAUAUAUCUAUAUAUAUAGAUUUACCUCAUCUGAUUAGUCUUAGAAUCACAAAUAUUCACAUCUUCUUAACAAGUCCAUUUUGACAGGGCUAACAGCCAACAUGUACAUAUGUGCAAAAGCUGUCUCAUUGGGUUUAACUUAGAGACAAAAUGAUCAAUCAACAAUGUGUCCAAUCAAACUUGUCUUUCAGUCAAAAUGUCCAUCUGACUUACGUUAAGUGUGUUGCUCUUUACAGCACAGAUUUUUACUACUCUUGGUCAUUUGGAAAAAGGAAAUUGGUGUUCACAUCACCCCCAUUAGCAGAAAAUAAACAAAGAAAAAAGAAAUCAGUCCUGGAAAAAAAAAAAAAAAAAUAUAUAUAUAUAUAUAUAUAUAUAUAUAGAAAGAAAUAACAAAUUACACUGAGAGAUAAAAAACACCUCUGACUUAAUUUUUCAUUUGGAGCGUGUAUUUAUGCUUCUAUAUGAAUCUGAUGAGACCUCAAGUGAGCUCUGAGCGCCACUCUGUGGAUGAUAAAUAUCCCUGCAGACAAAAACACUUCUGCUCUACUGUGUGUAAAAUAAAUACUUUGCAGCUUGAGUAUCUUUGCACUGUUGCAGCUGACCUUGACUGGUUCAGGCAUAAGCCCCUGAGAUCAAUGCUCUCAUCAUGACUCUGUUAUGCAUCCGGAUGCUUGUGAUGGUCAACUAAUCACAGCAGAACUCUCACUAAUAUUAAGGUGGGGUUUUGUUUUCUGCUUACUUGCAGGAGGCAGACGAUUAUGAGAAGCUUGUUUCUCUCCCUCAGAGUCGUGCGUGGGAUCAUCUUCUUCUCCAAAGUAUUGGAUCACUUUCUCACGGAUAUUGGUGCAUUGCCAGAGUUGUAGAGACAUCAUAGAGGAUGAAACACUUUGACAUGGUUCAGUGUGUCUUAAUGGACAUUGUGUGUAUCACCAGUAGAAACAAGGCCAUUAUUUUUGUUGUGCAGGCUUUAAUUUCAAGACCACGCAUUCUUUGUAUAAAAAGCCUUGUGUAUACUGUGUUUUUGUAAAUCUGAAUUAUGCAGCUUUUAAUGCAAACUUUGAAUCGCAACUUGCCUCAUGUGUUGUUACAAACAUUGCAGUUGCUCGCUGUAAACAACAUGUAGCCUAUUAAAGACAUUACAAUGCAAUGUCUGCAUGACACCAAUGCAUUGUGAAGUUCCAAUGUAAUAAAAUAUUUAUUUUUCUAAUUCAAACAUGUAUGUGAACUUAACUUAAUCCUUUUUUUAUAAAUAAAUUAUGAGUCAGAAAAUA